AUGUCAGACAAGGUGGAUGCGGAAGUCUCCGUGUCCCCGGUCCAAUGUCCAAAAUCUAGUACCAAGACGGACGUGGCGAGCACAUCCCGUCCACCUUCGUCGGACACGCGCAUGUCCUUACUGGAGGAGAUCGAGGACCUGAAGCGUGAGCACGCGCGUACGCAAGUGAAUGCAAUGCAGUUAGUUGCGGAUAUUCGUGCAUUGCGGAAAUGUUUAGACGAGUCAGAACAACACACGGAGGAGCUCAGCCAAAUAGUAGAUGCCACAGCCGAUGCCGUGGACUCUCUCUGUGCAGAGGUCAUUGCUGACAGUGCAUACAUGCAUUCAACAUUGUACUGA